AUGGUUUCAAAUUUGUUGAUUCUCGCCCUUAUAGGGUUUGUUCCAGCAGCUUCUGCAGCAUCAGAUUCUUUAGCAUCAGCUUCUACAUCAUUGGCCGAAUUCAACAAUGAAGCUGGGAAAUCAUCCAUUUCAGGAAUGUGGGUCACUUGCCAUACUUCUCUCGAAAACUGCCUGGAAGCUUGCUACAUGAGUUGCUAUAUCACCGAUUUGUGCAAUGAUGAACCUGAUAUGGCUGCAUGCGCUCCCGGACUCACUCAGAUGGUAAUUCUGACUCUCCUCUUCGUUGUCUUCUUGACAACAUGCUGCGGCAUCCUCUGUUUCUUUGCUCCAUGUUGCUGCUGUGCCAUCAUGUACAAAGGAUACCGUGCCCGCCGCGCCGGUAGGAGACGCAGACAAGAAGAUGACAACAUCGCUUAUCCGUCGGCUCCUCCACUUCUGGCAAAAGUUUAA